UUUUAUUGAGGAUUUUUACAUCCAUGUUCAUCAGGGAUAUUGCCUGAAAUUUUCUUUUUUUGUUGUGUCUCUGCCAGGUUGUGGUAUCAGGAUGAUGCUGGCCUCAUAAAAUGGGUUAGGGAAGAUUUGCUCUUUUUCUAUUGUUUGGAAUAGUUUCAGAAGGAAUGGUACCAGCUCCUCUUUGUACCUCUGGCAGAAUUCGGCUGUGAAUCUGUCUGGUCCUGGACUUUUUUUGGUUUGUAGGCUAUUAAUUACUGCCUCAAUUUCAGAAGUUGUUAUUGGUCUAUUCAAGGAUUUGACUUAUUCCUGGUUUGGACUUGGGGGAGUGUAUGUGUCCAGGAAUUUAUUUUCUUCUAGAUUUUCUAGUUUAUUUGCGUAGAGGUGUUUAUAGUAGUCUCUAAUGGUAGUUUGUAUUUCUGUGGGAUCAGUGGUGAUAUCCCCUUUAUCAUUUUUUAUUGCAUCUAUUUGAUUCUUCUCUCGUUUCUUCUUUAUUAGUCUGGCUAGUGGUCUAUCUACUUUGUUGAUCUUUUCAAAAAACCAGCUCCUGGAUUCAUUAAUUUUUUGAAGGGUUUUUCGUGUCUCUAUCUCCUUCAGUUCUGCUCUGAUCUCAGUUAUUUCUUGUCUUCUGCUAGAUUUUGAAUUUGUUUGCUGUUGCUUCUCUAGUUCUUUUCAUUUUGAUUUUAGGGUGUCAAUUUUAGAUCUUUCCUGUUUUCUGUUGUGGACAUUUAGUGCUAUAAAUUUCCCUCUACACACUGCUCUAAAUGUGUCCCAGAGAUUCUGGUUCGUUGUGUCUUCGUUCUCAUUGGUUUCAAAGAACAUCUUUAUUUCUGCCUUCAUUUUGUUAUUUACCUAGUGGUCAUUUAGGAGCAUGUUGUUCAGUUUCCAUGUAGUUGUGUGGUUUUGAGUGAGUUUUUAAAUCCUAAGUUCUAGUUUGAUUGCACUGUGAUCUGAGAAACUGUUUGUUAUGAUUUCUGUUCUCUACAUUUGCUCAGGAGUGUUUUACUUCCAAUUAUGUGGUCAAUUUUAGAAUAAGUGCAAUGAGAUGCUGAGAACAAUGUAUAUUCUGUUGAUCUUGGGUGGAGAGUGCUGUAGAUGUCUAUUAGGUCUGCUUGGUCCAGAGCUGAGCUGAAGUCCUGAAUAUCCGUGUUAAUUUUCUGUCACAUUGAUAUGUUGUGUUAAAGUCUCCCACUAUUAUUGUGUGGGAGUCUAAGUCUCUUUGUGGGUCUCUAAGAACUUGCUUUCUGAAUCUGGAUGCUCCUGUAUUGGGUGCAUAUAUAUUUAGGAUAGUUAGCUCUUCUUGCUGCAUUGAUCCUUUUACCAUUAUGUAAUGCCCUUCUUUGUCUCUUUUGAUCUUUGUUGGUUUAAAGUCUGUUCUAGCAGAGAUAAGGAUUGCAACUCCUGCUUUUUUUUUUCUUUCCAUUUCCUUGGUAAAUAUUCCUCCAUCCCUUUAUUUUGAGCCUGUAUGUGUCUUUGCAUGUGAGAUGGGUCUCCUGAAUGCAGCACACUGAUGGGUCUUGACUCUAUCCAAUUUGCCAGUCUGUGUCUUUUAACUGGGGCAUUUAGCCCAUUUACAUUUAAGGUUAAUAUUGUUAUGUGUGAAUUUGAUCCUGUCAUUAUGAUGUUAGCUGGUUGUUUUGGCCAUUAGUUGAUGCAGUUUCUUCAAAGUGUCAAUGUUCUUUACAAUUUGAUAUGUUUUUGCAGUGGCUGGUAUUGGUUGUUCCUUUCCAUGUUCAGUGCUUCCUUCUCUUGUAAGGCAGGCCUGAUGGUGACAACAUCUCUCAGCAUUUGCUUGUCUGUAAAGGAUUUUAUUUAUCCUUCCCUAAGCAGCUUAGUUUGGCUGGAUAUGAAACUAUGGGUUGAAAAUUCUUUUCUUUAAGCAUGUUGAAUAUUGGCCCCUACUCUCUUCUGGCUUGUAGGGUUUCUGCAGAGAGCUCUGCUGUUAGUCUGAUGGGCUUCCCUUUGUACGUAACCCCACCCUUCUCUCUGCCCUUAACAUUUUUUCCUUUAUUUCAACCUUGGCAAAUCUGAUGAUUAUGUGUCUUAGGGCUGCUCUUCUCGAGGAGUAUCUUCAUGAUGUUCUCUGUAUUUCCUGAAUUUGAAUGUUGGCCUGUCUUGCUAGGUUGGGGAAGUUCUCUUGGAUAAUAUCCUGAUCUUGGUUUGAGAAUUGAACUUGGUUCAGUUCUCCUCGUCACUGUCAGGUACACCAAUCAAACGUGGAUUUGGUCUUUUCACAUAUAUUUCUUGGAGGCUUUGUUCACUCCUUUUUAUUCUUUUUUCUCUAAUCUUGUUUUCUCUCUUUAUUUUAUUAAGUUUAUCUUCAGUCACUGAUAUCCUUUCUUCCGCUUGAUCGAUUCGGCUAUUGAAACUUGUGUACGCUUCACGAAGUUCUCAUGCUGUGUUUUUCAGCUACAUCAGGUCAUUUAUGUUCUUCUCUACACUCGUUAUUCUAGUUAGCAAUUCGUCUAACCUUUUUUCAAGGUUCUUAGCUUCCUUGCAUUGGGUUAGAACACGCUCCUUUAGCUUGGAGGAGUUCAUUAUUACCCACCUUCUGAAGCCUACUUCUGUCAAUUCGUCAAACUCAUUCUCCAUCCGGUUUUGUUCCCUUCCUGGCAAGGAGUUGUGAUCUUUUAUAGGAGAAGAGACGUUCUGGUUUUUGGAAUUUUUAGCCUUUUUGUGCUGGUUUCUCCCCAUCUUUGUGGAUUUAUCUACCUUUGGUCUUUGAUGUUGGUGACCUUCAUAUGGGGUCUUUGAGUGGAUGUGCUAUUUCUUUCUGUUAGUUUUCCUUCUGACAGGCCCCUCUACUGCAAGCCUGCUGGUUUGCUGGAGGUCCACUCCUGACCCUGUUUGCCUGGGUAUCACCAGCGGAGGCUGCAGAACAGCAAAGAUUGCUACCUGACCUUUCCUCUGGAAGCUUUGUCCCAGAGGGGCACCUGUCAUAUGCCAGCCAGAGCUCUCCUGUAUGAGGUGUCUGUCGGCCGUACUGCGACGUGUCUCCCAGUCAGGAUACACGUGAAGAGUCAGUCUGACCCUUAGCUGAGCUGGAACGCUGUGCUGGGAGGUCUGUUGCUCUCUUCAGAGAUGUCAGGCAGGGACAUUUAAGUCUGCUGAAGCCGUGCCCACAGCCGCCCCUUUCCCCAGGUGCUCUGUCCCAGGGAGAUGGGGGUUUUAUCUGUAAGUCCCUGACUGGGACUGCUGCCUUUUUUCAGAGAUGCCCUGCCCAGAGAAGGGAAAUCUGGCAGUCUGGCCACAGCAGCCUUUCUGAGCUGCAGUGGGAUCCACCCAGUUUGAACUUCCCAGUAGCUUUGUUUACACUGGGAGUGUAAAACCACCUACUCAAGCCUCAGCAAUGGUGGAUGCCCCUCCCCCCACCAAGCUUGAGUGUCCCAGGUCUAUCUCAGACUGCUGCUGUGCUGGCAGCAAGAAUUUCAAGCCAGUGGAUCUUAGUUUGCUGGGCUCCAUGGGGGUGGGAUCCCCAAGCCAGACCACUUGGUUCCCUGGCUUCAGCACCCCUUUCCAGGGGAGUGAACAGUUCUGUCUCACUGGCGUUCCAGGUGCCACUGGGGUAUGGAAAAAAAGAACUCCUACAGCUAGUUUGAUGUCUGCCCAAAUGGCCGCCCAGAUUUGUGCUUGAAACCCAGGGCCCUGGUUGGGUAGGCACUGGAGGGAAUCUCCUGGUUUGCGAGUCGCGAUUACUGUGGGACAAGCUCAGUAUCUGUGCCGUAGUUCUCAGGCUCAGUCCCUCACAGCUUCCCUUGGUUGGGGGAGAAAAUUCCCUGACCCCUUGCACUUCCCGGGUGAGGUGACGCCCCACCCUGCUUUGGCUUGUCCUCCGUGGGCUGCAUCCGCUGUCCAACCAGUCCCAGUGAGAUGAACUGGGUAGCUCAGUUGGAAAUGCAGAAAUCACCCUCCUUCUGUGUCGAUCUCACAGGGAGCACAGAUGAGAGCUGUUCCUAUUCAGCCAUCUUGCCAGCAAUCUGGAUCUUGGUUCUUUAUCCAGCUUGCCAUUCUGUGUCUUUUAAUUGGGGCAUUUAGCCAUUUACAUUUAAGGUUAGUAUUGUUAUGUGUGGAUUUGAUCCUGUCUUCAUAAAGGUAGCUUGUUAUUUUGCAGACUUGUUUAUGUGGUUGCUUCAUAGUGUCACUGGUCUGUGUGCUUCAUUUGGUGUUUCUUGUUUGUUUUUUUACUGGCUACUAAUGGUUUUUCCUUUCCAUAUUUAGUGCUUCCUUCAGCUCUUGCAAGGCAGGUUUGGUGGUGACAAAUUCCCUCAGCAUUGCUUGUCUGAAGAGGAUCUUAUUACUUCUUCACUUACGAAGCUCACUUGGCUGGAUAUGAAAUUCUGGGUUGGAAAUUUGGUUGAGAAUGCCAAAUAUUGGCCCCCAAUUUCUUCUGACUUGUAAAGUUUCCACUGAGAUGUCCGCUGAUAGUCUGAGGGGCUUCCCUUUGCAGGUGACCUGGCCUUUCUCUCUGGCUGCCCUGAACAUUUUUUCUAACAUUUUGACCUUGGAGCAUCUGACGAUUAUGUGUCUUGGGGUUGAUCUUUUUAUGGAGUAUCUUCCUGGGGUUCUCUGCAUUUCCUGAAUUUCAGUGUUGGCCUGUCUUGCUAGGUUGGUGAUGUUCUCCUGGAUGAUAUCCUGAAGCAUGUUUUUCAACUUGGCUUUGGCUAAUAGACUUCUUAAACUUUCCCUCUCAAUGUGGUCCACUCACAGCUUUCCCCAACUCUGUUGAUGGCAACUAAACUUUUCUGGCUGUUCAGACCAAAUCUGGAGUCUUUCUCAACUACUUUGUUUUACUCCCAUGUCCAACUUGUCAGGAAAUCCUCUUGGGUCUACUGUUAAAAUGUCUGCAGAAUCUAUCUGAAACCUGUACCGCUUGUUCUGAACCACCCGGUCUGAGCUACCAUUAGCUCUUGCCUGCUUCGAGUCAUGCUAAUAUUAAUAUAUUCUCUAGACAGCACCCAGAGCGAUUCUUUCAAAUAGAAGUAAAGUCAUGUCAUUUCUCUGUUCAAACUCUGCUAGUGGUUUGCAUUUCACUCAGAAUGAAACCUGGAGUCCUUACCAAGGGCCCACAAAGCCCUUUGUGAUUUGUCCCCCCACCCCCCACCUCCCACCUCUCCAUUAUCUUCUGCCAGUAUCCCGUCACUUCAUUUGGUCCUCUAAUUUUGUCUGGCCAAGAUAGUGGUUUAUUUUUGUCUUUUUCUAUGUAAUAGGGAAAAGGUAAUGAAUUUAACUAGAUGGGAGUUAUGUUUCCUUGCAAUACAAACACUCAUUGUCUUAUUCCUUCUUUUGUUAAGCAUUCAUAUACCUGUGGGGCCCCUGCCAGCCUUGGAGUAUUCCUACAAUGUAGGAGGCAAAUGUAAAGCCGCCGAAGGUUUUAAGCAGGUCAGAUUUGCGUUCAGAUGGAUGAUUUUGCAUUCAUCAUGGAGAAUGGGCUUAAGCUGAACUCCACUGGAAGCAAAGACUGAAAAACCAGUUGGAAAGUUUUUACAACAGUUCAGAUCGAGCCUGUACUAAGGAUGUUGUUACUAGCAGGAGCGCAAAGGAGACUCCAGAUUUCAGAAACACUAAGGCAGAAUAAAGAGGACCUAGGGCUUGACUGAGUAAGAGGGUUUGGGCGUCAGGCAGUAAGUUUCAGGGAAAAGCUCCUAGGUUUCUGGCUUGAAUCUUGAGUAACCUAACAGACGAAGGUACCACGUUAGGUGAACAUGAGGCCUCCUCGGGUAAUUUUUAAGCCUAGCUAUCUUGAAAAUGCAGCAGUCCUGAUGGGCACACACGUGUUGGGGAAGUUUGCGGUUCCUAUAGGCCGCGAAUUAUUUAACUUUUUACACAAGCAUUUCAUACAACUGUGGUGCAGAUCAAGAGCUGUGUGUUGCGGGCCUCCUGAGGAAUGAGGAAAACUGGAGGCCUGACUUCCCUGCUUCCUCCGCUUCCCGGGACCAGCUGUCCUGGCCGCCUGGCGCCCCGCGUGCCGCGGCCUCUCCCUCCCGUGGAGCACCGCGUUUCCCUGGCCGUUGCUGGCGGGCUGUAGUGGAGGAAGAACGGGCCUGAGCCGCGGUCACCACAGUAACGAAUUCGCUGCCAGUGGAGUCUCGAGGGCCACAGGCGUCUCCAGGGCGCCCCUUCCGGGUGACCGCGCCGGGGUCCGCACGCGCGUCCGCCCCCAGCCUUCGCCGCGCUGGCCCCUGCCCAGAAGGAGGAGGAAGGGAGGGCAGGGGGCGGCAGGGGUCUUCCCGUGGCAGCUUGGGAACCCCGAAAGGCACCUGAGUGGCCGGCCUCGGCCUCCUGGGGCGGCCGUAUUGUCUAAGCUCCAUAGCAACCCCGGCGCGGCGCCGGCCACGCUAGCCAGCGUAGCUCCGGAGCCCGCGCGCAGUCGCCGCGUCGCUCCGGCCCUGACCCGCGUUGGACCCGCGUGCUAGGGCCCUGACGGCCCGCGCGGGCUCCAGGCGCGGACAGCGGGGACGGCAUGCCCGAGAAGAGGCUCACCGCGGGAAGAUUCUCUGGCAACAGAUGAUUUCCUUGUAGACUACUUUAAUGAAUUCCUAAGCCUUCCAUGCAAAGGAUGGUGUUGAAAUAGUCUUAACUGAAGAACAUAUUGUACUUAAAUUUCUUCUUUUGGACAAGGGAGAUUGUUAGCCUUCAUGGCUCCUAAGGAUGAAAGACAAUGGGAGCAUUAUUUCUUCCUUUACUAAUUCUUCCCUAGUGAUCCACCCCCUUCUAAGAGAAUAACAUUGCUUUGUAGAGCCAGACCUUUUCAGAGGCAAUUAGAUUUAAUGCAGAUUAUGGAGUUUUUGAAGUAGUUAAUGAUGCUCCACAACUUCUGGAAAAACAACUGAAAAAAAUUCUACAAAACCAGCAACCUCGAAAUCCCAUUUAUGAUGUUGUAAGGAAAGGAAAGAAUGAGGUUAAACCUGUUCAAAUGAAUGCCCCCGAUGAAGAUGAGACCAUUAAUGUCAACUACAAUAUUAUGUGUCUCAGUCGUGAAGAAGGUAUUAAGUGGAUCAAAAAAGAAAGACUUCCAGCAUUUCUGGAAAGUGAUUGUUACUUUGAAUACAGGUUAGCCAAAUUGGUCUCACAAGUAAGAUGGAGCAAGUCCGGCAUGAAUUUCACAGUAGGAUCAAAUUUUUCUCCCUGGAUCGUGAAAAAACCACCCAGUCUACCACCUCCUGCCACUGAAGAAGAUAAUCUUGUAAUUAUGAAAAAGUUCUAUGUAUCACUUGGUGAGGCUUCCUAUACUCAAACAAAAGAUUGGUUUGCAUUAGCAAAACAAAGUCAGCAAACAGUAUCAACCUUUUCGUUACCCUGUUGUGUACCCUACAACAAACUUAAAUCACCAGCUAUUUCAUCUGUUUCUGAGAAUUUUAUCUUUGAUGAUGGAGUUCACCCUAGGACAAAAAAGGACCCAUCUAAAACCAACAAAUUGAUUUCUGAAUUUGAAGAAGAAGAAGGAGAAGAAGAAGAGGUGUCUGUAUCUCUACAAGACACUCCUUCUCAAGCUCUUCUGAGAGUAUACCUUGAAAAGAAACAGGAUGUUGAUGAAAGCCUGACAAUGCAUUUCUCAACAUGUGAAGAAUUUUUAAGCUCCUAUAUAUACUUUAUUUUGAGAGGAGCAAUUCAGCAAAUUGUUGGAAAGCCAGUUGGAGAAACCCCAGACUAUAUAAACUUCAACAAUAUAACAAAAGUGUCAUUUGAUGAUUGUUUUGAGUCUAUUCAUGGCAAGAAUUUUUUAAGCGAAUUAGUUCAGACUACAAAGGAGAGGUCAGAAGAGAUAGAACAAACAAGUUUAAGUUCAAAGAGUGAGAGCGCUGGACCAGAGAGCAGGGCGGACUGGUGUAUUUCUCAUAGGACUUAUGACAUUGGCAAUAGAAAGGAGUUUGAAAGAUUUAAGAAAUUUAUAAAAGGUACAUUGGGAGAGAGAUAUUGGUGGCUAUGGAUGGAUAUUGAGAGGUUAAAAGUUCUUAAGGACCCUGGAAGACAUCAAAGACAUCUUGAGAAGAUGAAAAAAUGCUAUCUAGUGAGCAAUGGAGAUUACUACCUUUCUGCAGAAAUCUUAUCAAAAUUUAAACUGUUAGAUGGAUCACAGUGGAAUGAAGAGCAUUUAAGAAAUAUUCAGUCUGAAGUUUUAAAACCUUUACUUCUGUAUUGGGCACCAAGAUUCUGUGUUACUCAUUCAGCCUCAACAAAAUAUGCUAGUGCUGAACUGAAAUUCUGGCACCUCCGUCAAGCAAAACCAAGGAAGGAUAUUGACCCUUUUCCACAAAUGGCAACCCUCUUGCCAUUAAGACCCAAAUCUUGCAUUCCACAGAUACCUGAGAUCCAGAAAGAAGAAUUCAGCUUAUCACAACCUCCUAAAUCUCCCAAUAAAUCACCUGAAGUAAAAACAGCAACUCAAAAGCCUUGGAAGAGGGAGCUUUUGUAUCCAGGUUCUUCUAAGGAUGAUGUGAUUGAGAAAGGGUCAAAGUACAUGUCAGAAAGCAGCAAAGUCAUUCAUUUAACAUCUUUUACUGACAUUUCUGAAUGUCUCAAGCCCCAGCUGGACAGAAGAUACGCUUAUACAGAAGAACCUAGGGUUAAAACCAUGUCAGAUGUUGGUGCCUUGGGAGGAUUUGACAUGGAAAAUUUGUUGCAAUCUUUGUAUGUAGAAAAUAGAGCUGGAUUCUUCUUUACUAAAUUCUGCGAGCAUUCAGGGAACAAGUUGUGGAAGAACAGUGUGUACUUUUGGUUUGACCUGCAGGCUUAUCAUCAGCUUUUCUACCAAGAAACACUUCAGCCUUUUAAAGUAUGCAAGCAAGCGCAAUAUCUUUUUGCCACGUACGUUGCUCCUUCUGCCACUCUUGACAUUGGACUCCAACAGGAAAAGAAAAAAGAAAUUUAUAUGAAAAUACAGCCACCAUUUGAAGACCUUUUUGACACAGCAGAGGAAUAUAUCCUUCUCCUCCUUCUUGAGCCAUGGACAAAGAUGGUAAAAUCAGACCAAAUUGCUUAUAAAAAGGUGGAGCUGGUGGAAGAAACUCGACAGUUAGACUCCACAUACUUCAGAAAGCUACAGGCUUUGCAUAAAGAGACAUUUUCCAAGAAAGCUGAGGACACCACUUGUGAAAUUGGAACUGGCAUUUUAUUACUCUCUAACGUCUCUAAACAAACAGAAUAUUGGGAUAAUGUUCCUGCAGAAUACAAGCAUUUUAAGUUUAGUGAUCUGCUUAACAACAAACUGGAGUUUGAACAUUUCCGUCAGUUUCUUGAGACUCAUUCUUCAAGCAUGGAUCUUAUGUGCUGGACAGACAUUGAGCAAUUCCGGAGAAUAACUUACAGAGAUCGAAAUCAAAGGAAGGCAAAAUCUAUAUACAUUAAAAACAAAUACCUUAAUAAAAAAUAUUUCUUUGGAUCCAACAGUCCAGCUUCUCUGUAUCAGCAGAACCAGGUAAUGCAUUUAAGUGGUGGCUGGGGGAAGAUUCUUCAUGAGCAGCUUGAUGCACCUGUUCUAGUUGAAAUCCAGAAGCAUGUGCAAAAUAGGCUAGAAAAUGUAUGGCUGCCAUUGUUUCUUGCAAGUGAACAGUUUGCAGCACGUCAGAAGAUAAAGGUACAGAUGAAAGACAUAGCAGAAGAGCUCUUACUACAGAAGGCUGAAAAGAAAAUUGGGGUCUGGAAGCCUGUGGAGAGUAAGUGGAUCUCUUCAUCUUGUAAAAUCAUUGCUUUUCGCAAAGCAUUAUUGAAUCCAGUUACUUCAAGACAAUUUCAACGUUUUGUGGCUCUAAAAGGAGAUUUAUUGGAAAACGGUUUACUCUUUUGGCAAGAAGUACAAAAAUAUAAGGACUUGUGCCAUUCUCAUUGUGAUGAGUCUGUCAUCCAGAAGAAGAUUACAACUAUUAUCAACUGCUUUAUUAAUUCCAGUAUUCCACCAGCUUUACAAAUUGACAUUCCAGUAGAGCAAGCCCAGAAGAUUAUUGAACACCGGAAGGAGUUAGGACCAUAUGUAUUUAGAGAGGCACAGAUGACAAUUUUUGGGGUUCUGUUUAAAUUCUGGCCUCAGUUCUGUGAGUUUAGGAAGAAUUUAACAGAUGAAAAUAUUAUGAGUGUUUUAGAGAGAAGACAAGAAUAUAAUAAGCAGAAAAAAAAAUUGGCAGUCCUAGAAGACGAAAAAUCUGGAAAGGAUGGAAUCAAACAAUAUGCAAAUACUUCAGUGCCUGCUAUCAAAACCGCUUUACUCAGUGAUUCCUUCCUAGGCCUCCAACCAUAUGGCCGACAACCAACCUGGUGCUACUCAAAGUAUAUAGAAGCCUUAGAACAGGAGAGAAUUCUUCUUAAGAUCCAAGAAGAACUAGAAAAAAAGUUGUUUGCAGGCUUGCAACCUCUCACAAAUUUUAAGGCUAGCUCUUCAACUAUGUCUUUGAAAAAGAAUAUGUCUGCCCACAGCAGCCAGAAGUGACAGCAUUCUUGUGAGUGUUUACAUCCUGCUGCUGAUAGGUUCAAGGAAUUCUUUAAACCAGAUUUUGCUGACAUGAGAAGCUCCAGUGAUUUGUUUUUUUGAAGGUCUGUAUCAGAGCAAGCCUAACAUUUAAAUAAAGUUUGAUUCUGGAUUUUCCAGGUGGGAAAUAAAUAAAGAAAAUUUGGCUUGUCUUACUCUUGCAGUUUUAAAAUUAUAGCUAUUCUGUACACAUGACAUACAAGACUAUACGAACUGUUUAACUUAUUUAGAAUAAAACAACUACUAUCUAGGUUUGAAGAACCAAAAUGUUUUGCUUAUCACAGUCGUUAAGGAAGUAUGAUGCUAUGUUCCUCAAGUCAUCUUUCAACAAAUAUUCCUUGAGCAUGUACUGUAUUUGGUUAACAGAUGUAUUCAGCAGGCGAUUAGGGGACAAAUAUUCCAAGUGGUAAAUUGUCCCAAAACAUAAAAUGAAGAGCUUUCCCUACCCCAUCCCCAACUCUAAAGGAACUAUAUUAUUAUCAUUAUUAUUAUUAUUAUUAUAUUAUUAUUAUUAUUAUUUGAGAUGGAGUCUCACUCCAUCACCCAGGCUGGAGUACAUUAGCACAAUCUUGGCUCACCACAACCUCUGCCCCCUGGGUUCAAGCGAUUCUCCUGCCUCAGUCUCCCGAGUAGCUGGGACUACAGGCAUGUGCCACCAUGCCUGGCUAAUUUUUGUAUUUUAGUAGAGACAGGGUUUUGCCAUGUUGGCCAGGCUGGCCUCAAACUCCUGAUGUCAAGGGAUCUUCCUUCCUUGGCCUCCCAAAGUGCUGGGAUUACAGGCAUGAGCCACCAUGCCCUGCCAGGAACUAUAUAUUAAAGCAGUGGUUCUCAGACUUUAGUGUGCUUAAUACUCACUUGUGACAUUUGCUAGCAAUGCACAUUCCUGAGCCCCCUCCCUGAGUGUCACAUUCAGUAGUUCUUGGGCUGGACCCAGGAAUCUCACUCUUUAACAGACACCUGAAGUGAUUCUGAUGCAAUGUUCCAUAAACCACUGUUUGAAAUAAACUGUUAGGGUAGCAAGAAAAGAGUGUCAAAAGGUAAAAGCCACCUUAUUAACUGGAACUAUACUUGUGGCAAAGAGAACCCAGACAUAUACCCUCCUAUACUUUUCCUGGAGGAAAAGGAGAGUGUGUAAGAAAUGACCUGGGAGAAUCAUCUGGGGGCCUCAUGACUCAAGAGCUCUGAGGAUAUGACCUAGAUCACCAGAUUGGAAGCACUGGACUUCCAGUUUUGUAUAAUCCCAGAAAGCAUUUUCAAAGUAGAAACUGCCUCUCCAGAUUCUCUGAAGAGUUAGAUAUUUUAAAUGGGUAAACUAUUAGGAGAUCUACUUCAGAGAUCAUUUUUUCUUCUAAAGCAGUGGGUUUUCAAAAUUUUUUUUUUUUCUGAUCAUGGGAACCCCGUAGUUUCCUGUGCUCCUAUAGUGCCACAUACCCUGUAGUGUAGUGGCCAUGAAGUUUCCUUUUCUUCUGACUUCUACUCUUGUGCUGCCUUCUCUGGUUUUAAUUGAGCAUUUUAUAUGAUUCCAUUUUUUCUCCUCUCUUAGCAUAUCAAAUAUACUUUCUACAUUUUUCUUAUUCAUUGCCCUAGAGUUUGCAAUAUAUAUUUACUACUAAUAAAAGUCCACCUUCAAAUGACACGAUAGUGCUUCAUGAGUAGUGCAAGUACCUUAUAACAGUGUUCCCAAUCUCUCCCUCCUCUCCCUUAUCACAAUGUUGUCAUUCAUUUGUCUUAUCCAUAAGCUAUACUCACUGAAUACAUUGUUGCUACUACUAUUUUGAACAAACUGUUAUCUGUUAGAUCAGUUAAGAAUGAAAAAAAUAAAACAUAUUAUUUUACCUUUUUCCUUUAUUCCUUCUCGGAUGCUUUUUCUUUCUUUUUAUAGGUUUGCGUUUCUGACCUAUAUAAUUUUCCUUCUCUCUGAAGAACUACUUCUUUUAACAUUCCUUGCAAGGCAGGUCUACUGGAAACAAAUUCCUUUGAUUUUGUUUGCCUUAAAAGUCUUUAUUUCUCCUUUACUUUUAAAUGAUAAUUUCAUAGAAUAUAGAAUUCUAGGUUAGUGGGUUUUUUUUUUUUCUUUUCAACACUUAAAAUAUUUCACUCUACUCUUCUCUUGCUUGCAUGGUUUCUGAAGAUGAAUCAGAUGUAAUUCUUAUCUUUGCUCCUCUAUAGGUAAUUGUUUCCACUGCUACCCUCUGGCUUCUUUAAAGAUUUUCUCUUUGUCUUUGAUUUUCUGCAGACACAAAUAUGCUAUUCCUAGGUAUAGUUUUUUUGGCAUUAUCCUGCUUGGUGUUCUCAAAACUUCCUGGAUCUAUGGUUUGAUGUCUAUCAUUAAUUUUGGAAAAUCCUUAGUCAUUAUUACUUCAAAUAUUUCUUCUCUUCCUUUCUCUCUUUCUUUUCCUCCUGGUAUUCCUAUUAUAUAUAUUUACCCCCUUUUUUUGUCCUACAGUUCUUGGAUAUUCUGUUCUGUCUUCUUCAUUCUAUUUUCUCUUUGCAUUUCAGUUCUGGAAGUUUCUAUUGAUCUCUCUUCAAGUGCAGUGAUUCUUUCCUCAGCUGUAUGUAGUCUGUUGAUGACCCCAUUGAUAGCAUUCUUCAUUUCCAUUACAGUGUUUUUUACUUCUAGCGUUUCCAUUUGAUUUUUUUCUUAGACUUUCCCUCUCUGUGCUUACACUGCCCAUCUGUUCUUGUAUGUUAUCUAAUUUUUAAAUUAGAGCUUAUAGCAUAUUAAUCAUAGUAAUUUUAACUUUCUGAUCUGAUAAUUCCAAUAUCUCUGUCUUAUCUGAGUCUGGUUCUGAUGCUUGCUUUGUCUCUUCCGACUGUUUUUUGCCUUUUUGCAUGCCUUGUAAUUUCUUCUUGGAAGCAAGACAUGAUGUAUUAGAUAAAUGGAAAUGAGGUCAAUAGGUCUUUAGUGUAAAAUUUCAUGUUUUUCUGGCUGGGAGUUAGGCUGUAUUUACUGUUUGCCGUAGCUGUGCCAUUAGAGGCUGAAAUUUCCUCUAUGUCUUUGUUUUUCUCUCCCCUGUUGUUUUGGGCUUUUCAUAGAGACUCCUUGAUACAGUGCCUGAGACUUGAAGUUCUCUUAGCUAAAAUCUCUGUUAUUAUACAACAGACCUAUUGAUGUGGUGGGUAGGGCGGGAGGAGGGGAAAGCAUUUUAUAGUCCCAUGAUUAGGUUCUCAGUGUUUUAUUGAAACUAAGUUGGGUAUUUAUUUCCCUUCCCCCAGGUUGUUAGGGCUUUGGUAAAACCCUCUUCUGAUAGGUUCUGGUAAAAUAGUUUCCCUUGAGGCAGGCCUUGUUAAGAAUAGAAAACUCUUGGUGUGUUUCAAAAUGGUGACUUUACUCCUCCCUCUACCAGAGCAGCUGGGGAUUUUUCUCUGGUCUUCACAGGAGAACCUGAUGGGCCUCCUGUAGGUAAAACUCAAGAAAGUGUGGGUGCGCCCCUAAGACUGGACCCCCUCAGAGUAUUUACUUCUCAAGUUAGUUGACACUAAGCCUCCAGAAGUUUGUUAAUUACAGUUUCAAGUAUUCCUCCAGAUAGUGGCUGCAGCUUCAGGCUUCUGCUCCCACUAAGCUGUGAUUGUCUGUAUCUGCAUGUCUAUCUCUCCAGCUUUAGUGGCUGCAGUUUGCUCUAUUACCAUAAUUCUUUGAUGGUUCCAAGAAGAGUUGUUGAUUUUCGGUUUGUUCGGUAUUUUUCUUGUUGUGAGGAUGGUAAUGAUGACCUCCACAUUGUUUACUUGGGCCCUGAAGUUUGAUACCUCUAUUUUUAAAGUAUUUUAUAGUCAGUUUUGUGCUUAAGAUAAAAUUAAGAGGACAGGCAUUGUGGCUGAUGCCUAUAGUCCCAGUGCUUUGUGGGGCUAAGACAGGAGGAGUGCCUGAAGCUAGGAGUUUAAGACCAGCCUGAACAACAUAGUGAGAACCUAUAUCUACAAAAAAAUAAAAAUAUUAGCUGGGUGUGGUGGUGCAUGUGUGUAGUCCCAGCUACUUGAGAGGCUGAGGCAGGAGACUCACUUGAGCCCAGGAGUUUGAGGUUACAGUGAACUACGAUCAUGCCACUGCCCACCAGCCUGGGUGACAGAGCAAGACCCUGUCUCCAAAAAAAAGGAAAAAAGGUUAAUUUAGUAAUUAAAAGUUUUGUGUUAUAUAUGGAUAUUAAAUUGAUGGUAAUUUUGUAUUAUAAAUAGUUACAUAUUCCUUUUUAGCCUACCCUGAAAGCAUCCCACAGCAUGGGCUCAUCCUAGUUUUUGCCACCAGAGGCAAUUUCCUUAUAUUAAUGUGCCCAUGAAGUAUCAUCUGUAGUUCUACGAGUUUUUCUUAACAUUUCUUCAAUGCAUCUCCUCCUUUUUCCCCUUCAUUAUUGGAUGACUGUCUUAUUCCAGAGCCUUAUCACCUUGGAUAUGGGUUCUAAUUAGUAUCUCUUUCUCCUGCCUGGCCACUUUACAACCAUCCUGAGUGAUCUUUCUAAAAUGUAAACCUUAUGAAAUUCCCUUCUCUAAAUACUUCAUUGAGAUGAUUGGUAAACCUGUUAUUAGUAAAAUAGAAGUUCUUUAUUUGGCAAGAUAUACAUAUAAGGCCCCCCUAUUGAGAGGUGAAGCCAGCUGGACUUCCUGGGUCAAGUGGGGACUUGGAGAACUUUUCUGUCUAGCUGAAGGAUUGUAAAUGCACCAAUCAGCACUCUGCAAAAAUGUACCAAUCAGCACUCUGUGUCUAGCUAAAGGAUUGUCAAUGCACCAAUCAGCACUCUGUAAAAACGCACCAAUCAGCGCUCUGUGUCUAGCUAAAGGAUUGUCAAUGCACCAAUCAGCACUCUGUAAAAACGCACCAAUCAGCGCUCUGUGUCUAACUAAAGGAUUGUAAACACACCAACCAGCACUCUGUAAAAUGGACCAAUCAGCAGGAUGUGGGCAGGGCCAAAUAAGGGGAUAAAAGCUGGCCAACUGAGCCAGCAGCGGCAACCCUCUUGGGUCCCCUUCAUUGCCGUGGACGGUUUGUUCUUUUGCUCUUCACAAUAAAUCUUACUGCUGCUCACUCUUUGGGUCUUCACUACCUUUAUGAGGUGUAACACUCACCACGAGGGUCUAUAGCUUCAUUCCUGAAGUCAGCAAGACCACGAACCCACCAGAAGGAAGAAACUCUGGACACGUAUGAACAUCUGAAGGAACAAACUCCAGACAUACUAUCUUUAAGAACUGUAACACCGUGAGGGUCUGCGGCUUCAUUCUUGAAGUCAGCAAGACCAAGAACCCACCAGAAGGAACCAAUUCCAGACACACUGUCUUCUGAGACAAACAUUCAGAUCAGGCAUUUGUUCUUCUGGGAAGCUGUCUUUGGUAUUCUUCCCUUACUACAGAUGCCCCAAAUAACUACAGAAGUUAUCCUCUUCUGUUCUAUCACUGUCUUGUUCACUGUUCUGUAAUACAGUGUGUUAGUCACAAUGAUUGUAAUUUUUGAAUUAUAUGUGUGUAUACCCUAAUACAGUUGUUAUUUGGCUUUCCAUUCCAUCACCUUAUAUAGAACAUUUUAAAAAUAGAUGUAUGUUAAAUAUUGAAAAAGAUGAAGGAAAUAGCUCCACUGUAAAAUUCCAGCAAGGUAAAAAUCACUGCUCAUCUAAGAAAGUUCAAUGCAAUGCUAUUCAUAAAAAUGUGCCAUUAGUAGUCUUUGUAAUUAUAAAUAUAUAGUAAUGUGGAAUUUUAUGUGAACUGUAAAACUUUUGUCCUAUCUACAUUUUUCAUAUCUGUGAAAAUAUACCUAUGUGUUUGUCAUGUCUCUCAGAUAAUAAAUUCAGCUUAUUAAGUCACAUUAAA